AAAUGGUAAUUAACUCACUAAAGAUUUGAUUUUUUUUCUCCAUUUCUUUCUUUUUUUGUCCCCAAACCCACAAAUGGAGAAAGGAAUGGAUCAAUGGUAUAGACCAGAAGAGAUGCUUUCACAUGAGAUUUCAACUUCAAAUCUUUGGUCUCCCCCAGGCCAUGACCAGACAGAAAGACCCAAAAGACCCAAUCAACUCAGACUUGAUCCACACACAAAGAGAAAAUGCCAAGAAAGAGAGAUGCAAAAACACAAACAGAUCAAGCAGAUCAGAAACCCCGCCACUCUCCAUAAGAACCAGAAACAAAACAAAGAUCACUCGGCAAAAUCAAACAGAGAUGGCAUGAUGAGAUGAAGAAGAAACCAUGAAACUAAACCACCCAGAAAGGGAGAAGAAAGAAAGUAAGAAAUCAAGGGACACUAACUUGAUGAUGAUGAUGCAGCUCUUCAUGGGGAGAGAAAAAUGGCAACUUUUUGACAAUAGAAGAAGAAGACCACUGUCCUCCUCCAGAGAGACAAAAAUGG